AUGAGGAGACAGAAGGAGCUGACCCAACAUGCGGUUACGAACGGACUAAGCGCAAAUGGCAUCCCUCCACCAUCGACCAUCGCAGCUCAGAUCGUCCAACAUCAAUCUAAUGCCAAUGCUCGACGAGAACCGGAGAACAGAGCACUCUUUGGCAAGCUCCUGCAAGAGUACCUCAACGACCCAGCUGCGGAAGAGUCCGACGCGCAUAUCAACGCUAGACUUAUCCAUGUCAUUGCGGAAGCGGGCCUUGAUGUCCUCCAUAAGGAAAACCCUUUCGCACAGGAGCUGCUAGUCCCGCAGGCGAUCAAGAGCAUCGCCGUGAUUACCCUCGUCAUUCAACGGUAUCCCAAGAUACUGCUCUUUGUCGAACCUGCCGGCAACCACGGGACGGCUCGAAGCCGCAGCUGCGUCUCAAACACCGUUGAGGAGUACCUCCAUUCCGCGAUCUUUGAGGUCGUGCAUGACGAGCGAAGCUUUGGUGAGCUCACGAAGGAGCUACAGGUAAUCCUAUGCUUGUGGAUUAUGCCCGCCAUCGAUAUGGACCGAUUGUCAGACUCAGCCCGCUCACUCUGCACGGUGCUUGCUUCUCAAAGCAGUCUUCCGAUUGAUGAUGCUGCUCUGGCAAAUGAUGCAUCUGCCGUGUUCAGCCACACGCUAGUAUCACCGCAAGAUCAAGAGAGGCCGGCUAAACGGCAGAGGACCGUUGGAAGUAACCUGAGCCAACCUUCUGCACAGGGUUCCUACAAGUCCAAGCUCGCCGAGCUUUGCCAGCUCUUCAAGAGGCAGUCGACAGAUGACUUGACCGGGUUGCAUCAAGAAGCACUCCAGCAUUACUCUGAGUUGGCCGAGAAAGAGCAGUGCGAAGAGCAGUGCAAAGCUUUGACUAUCAUAGGCUACUUGCCCUGUGGUGGUAGUGGUAGUCUGCAGCGUACCCACAGUAGCAUUGGAACAGUUGCCGAGAAGAACUGCACCGUGUGCGAUUGCCUGCCUGGAGCCCCAGUUGACCGACCAGCCUUGACUUGGGACGGUGGGUCCAAUGUACGAGACUGGAAUGAGAUCAUGUUGCUUCUAUCUGAGAUUAUGAAGUCAACAGACUUUCAGCGGUCUAAGAAGCCUAGAAUCCUCGCUACGAUAGCGAUCCGUAGAAUCAUCAACCAUACAUCGAAUCCGGAAAUGCUCGACUUGGCCAACUCCCAGUUGGGACAAUGGUGUUUAAGGUCCUUCCAUAGCUCGUUGAGAGAACUGCGCAUUGCCGCCGGCCGCGCCCUGACGGCUUUCCUCCGGAACGAAGUCCAAGACGACGUCCGACGACAGAACCGCAUCUUCGCGCUUGAGUUCCUGAAAACUCUAUCGGAAAUGAAUCAGGUCGUUAGCCAAGAAGCUUUGGUACUCGCAUACGCCCAGGUAGCUCUCGCUUGUGGGCAUGAGGAGCUGAACAUCGUGCUGCUCAGCCUAGUUGAAUACCUUGGCCAUACGAACUCACUCAUAAGCGGCGUAGCCUUCAACCAGUUGUGUCACAUCUCAGCGGUCUUAGGCUGCCAACCUGCCGACUUGCUCAAGCCUUUCUGGCGCAGCGUCGGAAUAACAGUAGUCAAAGACCUUAAUACCCGGCCACAGAAAGCUCAAGAGUUGUCCGAUUUCCUCGAAGUGAGCGUUACACAGCUACUGCUCCUAACGCAAACUGAUACUUUGCCAUACCUUGUUCUUACGAAGAAACACGAUGUUCUGCAAAGGAUAGCGUCUGCCAGAGGCCCGGCUACCUCUGUGCAAGACAUAUGCACCCAACCUCGCAAAAACCUCGCAGCGAUUGUGGCGCUCCUUUUGCUGCAGUCAUCACCAGACAGCGAGAGGUAUACAAUGGACUUGCUGUGCGAGGCUGCUCCGGGCUUGAAGGACGACUUAUCAGGUUUGAUUGAGCUCGAGCCUGUACUCAUAGCUUGCGAAAUCCUCAAAGCUGCGGACGAAGAAGACACAUCGAAGAAGUCUCGGGUCCGCCAGGCUAUACAAACAUUGGCAACAAUCUCCGAACGGAAGAACGGACAAUCGAAAGCCGCCUCGAAGCAGUCUCGAUUAGUGUCGACCUUCUUUGAGAGUCAUAUCCUGGGCAUGAUGGCUCAUUUUUCGGAGGUAAUCGAUAAUUCUCGCGAACCUCAUCCAGCUUCCGAGAGAGUGCGAUGUUUACGCGCUAUUGAAGCCAUGACCGCCUUGGCGAAGACGCAUGUUAGUGUCGCCCUACCCCAGAUCCGGACUUGCCUCCAGUCUGCAAUGGAAGAUGAUAAGCUACGCUAUGCAGCAUUCUCCGCUUGGGUCGCGCUCAUGAGCGUUGCUGAGGAAGAGGACGUUGACGCCCUGAUCGACCAUACUUUUGCCAUGAUUGCACAGCAUUGGUCCUCUCUGAACGCCGCUAUGCAGCGUAAAACUUACGACAUGUUGUCGAACCUACUCAAGGCUCACAAUGUGUUCUUCCAGGAGCGCAUUGGCACCUUGCCUCUGCUGCCAGAUGUACCACUGCUGUCAAAGCACCGCGCGGAGAUUGCACGACUUAAAGCGCUUAUGGAUCCCGCGACGAUCUUCUCUGCGUUCAGUCAGCGGUGUGAGGAUGAGAGCUCAGCAGUAGUGGAACAAGCUCUCCGGGAACUCGUUCCAUUCCUUGUUGACAACCAACGCUUCAUUCACGAAACCAGCGUGAGUCAGCAGCCAAAUCCAGUUGUAGCCCAACUGCUACGCUCUUUGCUUGAUGCCGUUGUCAGGUUCAACGAGAAUCACUCAGCAAUUAUCGACCUCUGCUCGCAAUGCCUAGGCCUUGUGGGUUGCUUGAACCCCUACAGAGUGGAGGCUGCGAGAGAGAAGCAGGAUACACUUGUUCUUUCGAACUUCGAACGGGCUGAUGAAAUUAUCGACUUCUCAGCCGUUCUUCUGCCCCAUGUACUGGUUCCUGCCUUUCGUUCUGCGAGCAAUGCUAAGUCGCAGGGCUUUCUGGCAUAUACCAUGCAGGAAAUGCUCAAAUACUGUGGGUAUGGCAUAGUUGCAACACAACGAACUCGAAGCUCUCAAGCCAGCUCCUUACCCCAUCAGCGUUGGCUGGAAAUGCCAGAGGCUGUCCGCAGCACGCUGACGCCCUUCCUCUCUUCAAGAUACAUGGUCACAAACAACAAUCAGCUCGAGUAUGUUGUGCAGAAAUUCCCCAUCUUCAAUGCCGAGAUGAGCCAUGGCAGCUGGCUACGGACAUUCGUCUAUGAUUUGCUGCAGAGAGGAAAAGGUCACAACGCGCAGAGAAUCUUUUCCGUCCUUGCACGAGUCAUCAAAGGCUACGAUCUGUCCAUAGCCAGCUUCAUGCUUCCCUUUGCAGCCGCCAAUGUCAUUCUUGGCGGCGACAACGACGAAGCGUUGGGUGUUAGGCUAGAACUGCUGAUUGUUUUAAAGCAAGAAAUGAACGGGACGGCAUUUGAGACCGAGACCAUCCGCCAGUGCAGCGAGAGCGUCUUCCGAGUCCUCGAUUACCUCUCCAGGUGGCUACAAGAAAAGCGCGGUACCUUCAACGAUUCGAAGUCUUCCAGCGGUCGACGUAGUGAACCCACUUCAGAUUCAGAUGACAUCUGCGAUACCGCGCAGAUCAGCCGCGUUGAGCUAGUACUACAAGGGAUUCCAGCAGAAGUCAUUUCGCAUCGCGCUGUCGAGUGCCGGUCUUAUGCUCGGGCUCUUUUCCACUGGGAGCAGUAUAUCCGCCAGGAACGUGAGAAGACACCGGCCACACAACGGCAGCAGAAAGACGAAGCAUUGUAUCAGUAUCUCCAAGACAUCUACGCUCAGAUAGAAGAGCCCGACGGCAUUGAGGGUAUCUCCGCACACUUGCACGUUCUUGGACCGGAACAGCAGGUACUAGAGCAUCAGAAAGCCGGACGUUGGGCCGCCGCGCAGAGCUGGUAUGAGCUUGAGCUUGCUGAAAAGCCUGAUGAUGCAGAAAUUCAGGUCAACCUCCUUACGUGCUUGAAAGAAGCUGGUCAGUACGACGUCUUGUUACGAUAUGCCAACAACUUCCGGGCAGGUUCUGCAAGCAAUCUGCCACAGUUACUACCAUUCGCUUCGGAAGCCUCGUGGGUUACCGACAAAUGGCGUUUCCUCGAAGAUGCCAUCGAUGCAGGUUCUGCCUGGCCAUCGGAGCACUUCAACGUCGGUGUUGGGACAGCUUUACUAGCCCUUCGUCAAAACAAGCAUGACGAUUUCCUCUCAACGAUAAGUGCUCUUCGCCAGAAGGUGGCACGGAAUCUUUCGCCAUCAACAACGUCGUCUGUACAGGCAUGUCAUGACCAGCUACUCAAGCUGCACGCACUCUACGAGAUGGAGGCUAUCAGUGGACUCCCCUCACCUUUGAGGAUGGACCGAGAGGUCAUGCUUGGCACGCUCGACAGGCGGCUAGAAGCGUUAGGUACCUACACCUCUGAUAAGCAGUAUCUCCUCGGCAUUCGGCGUGCCACGAUGCAGCAUUCAAGCCUGGAGUUCAGUAAAAUGGACCUAGCGUCGUCGUGGCUGACGACUUCAAAGUUAGCACGUAAGUCGGACAUCAUCAACACAGCUCAUAAUGCCGUAUUACACGCAACGCAACUUGGCGAUGAUGCCGCCAGAAUUGAGCACGCUCGACUCCUUUGGAAAGAAGGCCACCAUAGGAAAGCAAUACAAAGCCUCGAGGGAGCCAUCGCUGCGAAUGCUUUCCAAUCCCACGAUCUUGGAUCCGUUACGGAAAGUAUGAGUACGUCCGGAGACAAAGAGAAGUUCCAGAACUUCCUGGCUGCCCGAGCACAUGUACUGCUGGCCAAGUGGCUUGAUGCAUCCGGCCAAACACCAUCUGCAACAAUCAUCCGCAAGUACCAGCUCGCCGUGCAGACGCACUCCAGAUGGGAGAAAGGCCACUACUACCUUGGCAAGCACUAUAACAAGCUCCUGCAAUCGGAGAAGGCAAUGCCUCGAGGCAAGCAGAACAUCAGUUUCCGUUCAGGCGAAACAGCCAAGCUAGUGGUUGACAAUUUCAUCAGAUCGAUGUGCUUCGGGGCGAAAUACUACUAUCAAACCAUUCCGCGAUUGCUAACUGUAUGGCUCGAUCUCGGAAUGGAUGUACAUCAAGCUACUCAACAUCCCGUGUCCGCUGAGGCAGACAUUGUAGCCAUGCAAAUCAGGAACCUCGAUGCAAUGCAUCGGCAGAUACGUAAAUAUGCCGAGCGACUGCCAGGGUACAUAUUCUACACGGCGUUUCCCCAAAUCAUCACACGCAUCAGUCAUCCAAACGCAAAAGUGUGGGAAGUCUUGUUCUCAAUUAUCAUCAAGGUCGCGUCGGCGCACCCUCAACAGGCGCUUUGGUACAUCCUUGCCGUGGUGAAGUCUUCUGCUGCAGAUCGAUCAAGUCGAGGACUUUCCGUGCUCAACAAACUGAAGAAGAACAAGGCGGAGGGCUCCGCUUUCGACAUGAGGGCCAUGAUCACACAUGGCCAAAAGCUAUCAGAUCAGCUUCUGCGCGCCUGCGAAGCUGUAGUCGAUGGAAGAUCAAGUCAUGUGAGCCUAUCCAGAGACCUUGGUUUCAACCACAAGCUUGCUCCAUGCCCGCUUGUAGUGCCGAUAGAGGCGACAAUGACUGCGACUCUCCCGACCGUACACGACAGCCCGCACGUCCGGCAACACAAGGCCUUCUCUGGUGGCAACAUUACGAUAUCUUCCUUCUCGGACGACGUUCUUGUCUUGACCUCCCUGCAACGGCCUCGUAAACUCGUAGUCCGGGGCUCGGAUGGGAACAGCUAUGGACUCCUGUGCAAGCCAAAGGAUGAUCUCCGUAAGGAUCAGCGUCUCAUGGAGUUCAAUGCCAUGAUCAACCGAGGUCUGCAGAAAGACGUCGAGGCGAGCAAGCGGCGGCUCUAUAUCAAGACCUACGGCGUCACGCCGCUCAAUGAAGAGUGCGGAACCAUCGAAUGGGUCGACAACCUCAAGCCGAUGCGUGAUAUCAUCAUCAAACUCUACAAGCAGAAGAGCGUGGCAAUCGACUACAACCGCAUCAGGACGCUGCUUAACGAAUCAAUCGCUGCUCCAGAGAACAUCUCUAUCUUCACAGACACCAUUCUCAAGCUCUUCUUCCCCGUGCUGUACGAGUGGUUCAUCGAGACCUUCCCGGAGCCAGACGACUGGUUCAAAGCACGCCUCCGUUACACACGCUCCUGCGCCGUCAUGUCCAUCGUCGGCCACGUGCUCGGCCUCGGUGAUCGCCACGGCGAGAAUCUCCUCCUGGAAGAGGGGACAGGCGGCAUCCUGCACGUUGACUUCAACUGCCUCUUCGACAAGGGCCUGACGUUCGAGAAGCCCGAGGUUGUCCCCUUCCGGCUAACGCACAAUAUGGUCGAUGCGAUGGGCGCGUACGGCUACGAGGGACCCUUCCGCACGGCUGCGGAGCUCACGCUGGGGAUUCUGAGACAGAAUGAGGAUACGCUGAUGACAAUUCUGGAGACGUUUGUGUAUGACCCGACAACGGACUUUAUCGGCAAGAAGAAGCGGCCGACGCCUGGUGUGCCGGAUACUCCGCAGGAGGUGCUGGAGAGCGUGAGGGGGAAGCUGGCGGGCCUAUUAAGAGGGGAGAGCGUGCCGUUAAGCGUGGAGGGGUAUGUGGAGGCGCUGAUACAGAUGGCGAGGGAUCCGAAGAACCUGGCGUCUAUGUAUAUUGGGUGGUGUGCUUUCUUUUGA